AUGAAAGAACCACAUUUGCCAUCGAUACCCAUCCCAGCUCCACGAAAACGUCUAUCUGUUCAAGAACGUAAAAGCGAUCAAAAUACAAUACGAUUACCUCAAUUCAUUCUCUAUCGUACAUUAUGUGACAACAUCAUAUGGCUUGAUCUCUUCAUAAAUGAACGUGACUUCACUUUUGCUAAUAAGAUGAUCACAGCUAAUCGUUUGCAUAUUUUCUGUACGGCUACUGAUUGUCAUGAUUUUCUUGAUUUAUUAUCUCGACGACUUGAUCUGAUAACAAAGCGAGAUAUUUAUUCAGUCAUCGUCUCAGGAGUAUAUGUGAUUAAUAUCAAAGUAAUAGAUCAAUUGUUAAAACAUGACUUCAUUGAUCAAAUAUGGUUAAUUGUGAACGAACAUUACUAUGAACAGCUUCCUGAUCUAUUUCUCUUCAAUCGAAAAAUUAAAAUGAUCUAUAAUAACAAACCUGAUAUGGUUAUGCGUCGUUUAUGUGAUGACUAUUCUGAUUUUGAAACAUUUACUCAAUAUUACAAUACACUAUAUGAAAUAGCAAAUGAUUCAGCUAACAGUCUAUUGAGCGAUGUAUUACCAGAAGGCGUCAAUCACAAAAUUGGCUGUUCUUAUCGUUGGAAGAUUCAUCAUAACAGUUCAUUUACACAUCUAAUUGAAAAUGCGAAAUGUGAUCGUUCAACUGCAUUUAGAACGCCUGAUAAAAACUCUUCCAACGACGAUAAUUGUUCUUCUCUAACAAAAGUAACAUUUUCACAGAUGACUCAAACGAAUCAAUUGGAAGAAGAAAAUCUCAAUGAAAAAGCAAAUAAUACAUCUCCUAGUAUUUGUCGUGCAUACAAUCAAAAUAUUGGAUUAUCAUCUAGAAAAAACUUAUCUUCAUCGUUUGUUGAUCCAUCAUCAUGUCAUGGACAGCAGCCAACGUUGAUUAAAUCUCCACUUUCAUCACCUUCACGAUAUUCGAAUGAUAUGAUUGUUCUUCAAGAACUUCAACGCAUCAAAGACAACUUGGCUUUGUUAAAUCAAUUAGUUGAUAAACUUUCAAUGAAGAAAUUAACACGUGAUGAUGAUGUCUACAAACAUAUUGAAAAUGAAGCAUUGAAAUUAAUGAUGUCUUGUGAUGCAUUGACCGAUGUUAGUCCUGUCGUAGCAACAGUACGUCGAGAAACGGUUCAUAAUAUACAAAAAAUGUUAGAUACACUCGAUAGAAAAGUGUCUUUGUAUGGACCACAAAUGACUGGAAUCAUACACUCAAUCUCUGUUUAA